AUGAACCGAAAACUCUUGGUGUUUUUGGCGUUGGCGCUUGUCUGUGCGGCGAGUCCUGAGGAUGAUUUUGAGAAGCCAUGCGCUGAUCCGAAUUCAAUCCGCAAGAAGGCCGGCAGCGAUCCGCGAUGUCAAGAGAAUUGUGAUGACGUCAAAGCGGGACGAGAUCCAAAUAACAAGAAAUGCAAUCGAAAACUUUACCACAACGAGUGCUACUGUAAGCCGGGUUUCGUGCGUCAAGUGGCUGAUGGAGAGAAAUGUGUCGACAGAACGAAAUGC